GGUGAGAGAGACGGGGUGAGAGAGAGUAUCACAACUUCGGGGGACAAAUAUAGCAAAGGGCAAAAGAACAGAGAAAACUAGAAGAGAAGUCAGAGUGUGUGUGUGUGUGUGUGUGUGUGUGUGUGUGUGUGUAAUGUGGGAUGUGUCCUGCCUUGUUAUGUGUGUGUGUGUGUGUCUGAGAAAGUGAAUGAGUCUAGGCUUGAUGCCACUCCUCCCUCUCUACACAUCAGGACGAGAGAGAGAGAGAGAGAACUUUAACUACCUCUGAGUGGAAUUACAGAUUGCUGGACGUCCCAUCUCUCUCUCACUCACACACACACACACACUCUCUCUCACACACACACACUCUCUCUCUCUCUCUCACACACACACACACCGCUGAGACCUGGGUUUAUAGAUACAGACGUUACUGAAGAGGAGGAGAUACAGACACGGAGGAGAAGGAAAACAGUUUGCAGAUGAUGGACUGAUAUUGAAGAAGACGUGCAGCCAUGUCGUUCUUUGGUCUUGACUGUGUGAAAAAGAAAGAGAAAGAGACGGAGCGGAGGAUCCGGGCGAACGACAGGGAGUAUAACCUCUCCUUCAGAUACGCGACUAACGGGAUCAAGACCUCGAAAUACAACGUGCUCACUUUCCUCCCGCUCAACCUGUUCGAGCAGUUCCAGAGGAUCGCCAAUGCCUACUUCCUCUGCCUGCUUGUCCUCCAGGUGAUUCCCGCCAUCUCUUCUCUCUCCUGGUUCACCACAGUGGUGCCCCUCGCUUUGGUGUUGACUGUCACUGCUGUCAAAGAUGCCAUCGACGAUAUACAUCGGCACAGGAGUGACCGGCAGGUGAACAACCGCAAAGCCCAGGUGCUGAUUAACGGACAGCUCAGGAGUGAGAAAUGGAUGAACAUUCAAGUGGGAGACAUCAUCAGGCUGGAGAACAACCAGUUUGUCACAGCUGAUCUCCUGCUCUUGUCUAGCAGCGAGCCCCUGAACCUGGUUUACAUCGAGACCGCCGAGCUGGAUGGAGAGACCAACUUGAAGGUGAAGCAGGCUCUGACAGUAACAGGAGAAAUGGGAGGAAGUGUCGAGGCCCUGGCUGAAUUCACAGGUGUGGUGUGCUGUGAACCCCCUAAUAACCGCCUGGACAGUUUCACGGGGACGCUGGUGUGGAAGGGACACAAACACCCGCUGGACAAUCAGUCUGUGCUGCUGCGGGGCUGCACUCUCCGAAACACAGCCUGGUGCUUCGGCAUGGUGCUGUUCGCUGGUCCGGAGACUAAGCUGAUGCAGAAUUGUGGGAAAUCCAGUUUUAAGAGAACAAGUAUCGACCGCCUGAUGAACAUCCUUGUACUGUUUAUCUUCGGGUUCUUGGUGUUGAUGUGUGUGAUCCUGGCGGUGGGACACGGUAUCUGGGAGGGCUACCAGGCCAGUCACACCACCUACAUACCCCGGGAGGGGAACGUGGGCGCUGCCUUCUCAGCCUUCCUCACCUUCUGGUCCUACAUCAUCAUCCUGAACACGGUGGUGCCCAUCUCCCUCUACGUCAGCAUGGAGGUCAUCCGUCUGGGGAACAGCUACUACAUUAACUGGGACAGGCUGAUGUAUCACGAGCGCAGCGACACGCCCGCCGAGGCUCGCACCACCACGCUGAACGAGGAGCUCGGGCAGAUCAACUACGUCUUCUCCGACAAGACCGGCACGCUCACGCAGAACAUCAUGAACUUCAACAAGUGUUCCAUCGCCGGCAAGACCUACGGAGACGUGAUCGAUCACUACACAGGACAGAGGCUGGAGAUCUCAGAGGACACACUCCCGGUGGAUUUCUCCUUUAAUGAUCUGGCUGAUCCGAAGUUCCAGUUCUACGACGCCGCCCUGUUGGAGGCAGUGAAGCUCGGCACGCCACAAGUUUGCAGUUUCUUCAGACUGCUCGCUCUGUGCCACACCGUCAUGCCCGAUGAGACCAAGAAUGAGCUGGUGUACCAGGCUCAGUCUCCAGACGAGGGCGCCCUGGUGACGGCGGCCCGUAACUUCGGCUUCGUAUUCCGUUCGCGCUCUCCGGAGUCGCUGUGUGUGGUGGAGCUGGGAGAACCGCGCUGCUACGAGCUGCUCGCCAUCCUCGACUUCAACAACGUCCGCAAGAGGAUGUCCGUCAUCGUUCGCAGCCCGGAGGGACGACUCUCACUCUACUGUAAAGGAGCCGACACCAUCGUGUACGAGCGGCUGCACGAGUCCUGCAGCAAACUGAUGGAGGACACCACAGAACACCUCAACGAGUUUGCAGGCGAGGGUCUGCGCACGCUGGUCUUGGCCUAUAAGGAUCUGGACGAGCAGUAUUUCUCUGAGUGGAAACAGCGCCACCAUGAGGCGAGUACCGCCCUCGACCAGCGGGAGGAAAAACUCAAUGACCUGUACGAGGAGAUCGAAACAGACCUGCAGUUACUGGGAGCCACAGCGAUCGAGGACAAGCUGCAGGACGGAGUGGCGCAGACCAUCGAGCAGCUGGCCAAGGCUGACAUCAAGAUCUGGGUGCUGACAGGAGACAAGCAAGAAACUGCGGAGAACAUCGGCUACUCCUGCAACCUGCUGCGCGAGGAGAUGACUGACGUCUUCAUCGUCUCCGCAAACUCACACGAGGAAGUCAGGAAGGAACUCCGAGACGCUCGGGUGAAGAUGCGUCCAGACUCGGGUGAGGAAGCGUCCUUCAUCUCCGACAGCAUUCUGGGUAACGAGCCUAAAGUGGUGCACGAUGAGACCGUGAGCGGCGAUUACGGACUGGUCAUUAACGGCCACAGUCUGGCGUACGCCCUGGAGCACAGGAUGGAGCUGGAGUUCCUGCGUACGGCGUGUAUGUGUAGGACGGUGAUCUGCUGUCGGGUCACUCCUCUGCAGAAGGCUCAGGUGGUGGAGCUUGUUAAGAAAUACAAGAAGGCCGUCACUCUGGCCAUCGGAGACGGCGCUAACGACGUCAGCAUGAUCAAGGCGGCUCAUAUCGGCGUGGGGAUCAGCGGGCAGGAGGGCAUGCAGGCCGUCCUCUCCAGCGAUUUCUCCUUCGCCCAGUUCCGUUACCUGCAGCGCCUCCUGCUGGUGCACGGUCGCUGGUCCUACCUGCGCAUGUGCAAGUUCCUGCGUUACUUCUUUUACAAGAACUUCACCUUCACCUUCGUGCACUUCUGGUACGCCUUCUUCUGCGGGUUCUCCGCCCAGACAGUCUAUGACCAGGCCUUCAUCGCGCUCUAUAACCUCAUGUACACGGCGCUCCCGGUCCUGGGCAUGGGCCUCUUUGACCAGGAUGUGAACGACAGUUGGGGUCUGGAGUAUCCGCAGCUGUACGGACCGGGCCAGCUGAGUGCGUACUUUAACAAGGGGACCUUCGUGAAGUGCGCUCUGCACAGCUGCUACAGCUCCCUGGUGCUGUUCUUCGUGCCGUACUGCGCUCUGCAGCGCACGCCGGACUACCAGUCAUUUGCCGUGCUCACACAGACGUGUCUCAUCAUCACCGUCUGUGUCCAGUUGGGGUUGGACCUGUCGUACUGGACGGCGGUGAACCACCUGUUUGUCUGGGGGAGUCUGGGGAUGUAUUUCCUCGUCUCUUUCGGCAUGCAGAGCACCGGGCUGUUCAAACUGCAGCCCGGCUCCUUCGCCUUCGUCGGCACUGCACGCAACACUCUGGAUCAUGUCAGCGCGUGGUUGACGAUCGUCCUGACGGUGGUGUUGUGUGUGCUGCCCGUCCUCAUUCACCGCUUCCUCAACAGCCAGCUCAGUCCCACUAUCAAUGACAAGGUGAGGUUUAAGAUGCACCAGAUGAAGGCCCAGCCUCCUCCUCCUCGGCGCCGCACCAGGAUCCGUCGCUCCAGCACUCGCCGCUCGGGCUACGCCUUCUCUCACACCCAGGGCUACGGCGAACUCGUCACCUCCAAACGCUUCCUACGCCGCCCGGCACAACCGCGUUCCACGGGUCUAACGCCCACCGGCCGCACGGCCCGGUUCAGCCCGAUCGGGAAACAGAACUUUAAACAGGAGGUGGAACCCACGCAGCUCCAAAACUAUCGCGUUGUACAAGAGUCCUAGAAGUGAAGUGUCGCGAUUCGCUCGAUUGUGACGGACAUGUAGACCAAAGAUCAGGAUCGUGUCCUAACACGGAGGGACCUAAUGAGGGACCUCAAUGAGACAUGGGGUCUGGAAGAAACUCUAAAGUGGUUGGGGCGGGUCCUAAAGCCAGUAUGUGGUGCUUGUUUCAGCUCUAGAACUCUAAUGAGCCGUCCAGUGCUCCACCCUAUCAGGAUUCGGUGCAAGUGAAGGGCUAAGUUUAAAUCAUUCAUAUCAGAUAUCAUCAGUUUCAGAAUCACAACCAGGAGCAAAAUCAGGAGCAGGUGAAACUGCUGAAGUACUGCACCGUCCAAAAACAUACCUUUGUAGACUAUAGUUUGAGGAACACUGAGAAGUGAGGACCAGAACCAACAUCUGCACCAGGCCAUGUUCUAAUGUGAUUAGGAGCAGGUUCUAGUACCAAAAUUAGAAGUUGGUUUUUAAACCUCUAAUGGAUUCCUCGAAGUACUGUAAGUCACCUGACAAACAAAUCAAAAACAAGAGUUGUAGAACCAAAUGAAGGUCCAGCUAGAGAACCUGGUUCUAAAGCAGCAAAAUCUGAAAUCCCAUUAAGGCUUUGGACCCAUCGGUGCCCUCUAGAGGAGGCGUUACGUUUGCACUUCAUAGUUGCGGCAUUUUGCAGAGCAAAAGAUCAGGGUUUUGUGUUUACAUGGUGUUCUAGAGUACACACACACACACACACUAAAGAGAACCAGAUGCUGCGCAAGUGUAUGACAAUGUUAGGAUGGAAAUAUGAGGUGCUGAUGCAUAUUAAUAUUUAUGCAAUAAUUUACAUUCCUUUAUAUCACUAUUAUCUGUUACACCAUAUUGUUGCCUACAUGCAUUAUUACGUCUGCAGUUCUGUACAUCUCUCUCUCUCUCUCUUUCUCUCUCUCUCUCUCACACACACACACACACACACACACACACACACACACACAGUAUAGAGUGUCAGGUUUCACACUUUUCUUUAAACAAAAAUAGGAUUUAAAAAGAAACCAAUGAGAAUAUUUGUCCACUAGGAGGAGCAGUGAUUCUCUUUAGGAAGCUUUAAGAGGAAAAUAAAUACCCUUCAAUCAUUUGUCCAUCAUGGUCGUGUCCCAAACCACUGCAGGAGUGACGACCCUCCUCAGACUAAAAGCACUGCUUGAUACCAAAGACUGGGGUCACAUGACACCAGGAGAGAUCUGUGUUUUUACAGAUUUACAGAAUAGGGAUCAGGAAGUGCCUUGUGUGUGUGUGUGCGCGCGUGUGUGUGUGUGUGUGUGUGUGUGUGCAUGAGUGUGUGUUGUAUGGCUAUAAGAAAGCCUUAUUUGAGGUCAUCCACAAAUACAUUACCACAAAAAAAUGUUUUACACACCAAACCCCUGAAUGUUCUGGGCUCCAGAUCUGUUAGAUUUCCACUGUUUUUUAAUUUCAGUUCUGAUGUUUUCUCUAAUUUUUUGUCCACUUAGUUGUACUUUCACUGUAAAUCAUGAGCCUGUGGAACCGGGACCGCACAGGCGUUGCCCAAUGUUGUUGUCCUGUGUGUGUAGAUUAAAAGAGCGGAGCUCAGGGUAAAAGUAAUUAUAAUUAAUUAAAUAGAUGUCAUGUGACCUGUUACACCACUACGCUUCCUCUUCUGAUCACAUUUUAAUUACACAAUAUAACAGUUCAGCCACAUUUGCUAGCUACCUAAUUUUGGUAUUGGGAGUGAAAGCUAACAUUAGCCAUCGCAGCUAUCAGUGGAGUCUAACUAGCUGAACACACACUGUGUAACUACAGGGAAGCGAUAUCGCAUCUCCGUUAGCUUCGUUCUCCGUAAUCAUGACCCAUGUUGUGAUGAAGAGUCGUGGUUAUGAUCUACACUCAGCUAUGAUCAAACUGUUUAUUAAGUCUUCAUUACGUUUAUUAGGUAACUGUUUUUUUAUUUUAAGUAGCAUAGUGGUCAUACUCUGUUACUGCGCCGUUGCACAUUUGAUAACAAAAAAUUGUGAACAAACUAUUAAUUAUUUUUAACGUAGAACCUGACGAGUACAUGAUGAAAUGAAAGAGUGUGUGGAUGGUACGGGUGAGGCAGGUUACUCAGAGUUCCUAUUAUAGUUAGUUAUUAUAGCUGUGUCAGAGAGUGUGUGUGUGUGUGUGUGUCUGAAUGUGUGUAGUUAAUUACAAAGUUGAAAAUUCUCCUAGGUUACGACAAUCCCUUUAAAUACCAGCUGUAGUGUAAAACACUCGGGUGUGUUACUGCACUGAGAAAUUAAACAUUAAAGUUCCUUCUGCGCUUCCCCUCGCUGUGUACACGUCAAACUACCUGCUUGGAUUAUCUUCAUUCUCUUUGUCUUCUACCCUUUUACUUAAAAAAAAAAAGCUGAGAUAAAUGAAAAUAAAGGAAGCACAUUUUGUAUCUUUAUAUUUUUUACUACAGUUGUUUGUAUAAAUAAAAGCCUUUUCUAUUGAGAGAA